AUGGUUCCUGUUGAGUCAACUCGACUCUCUGAUAGUGAUGUGCUAUCACCUGACACUGACAGACCCGGCCCCUUGCACUAUUCUGUGCAUGGUGUUGGACUAUAUGGAUCCAGGAUGGCAAGCCCAGAAGUGACCCCGGAACGGCUGUUGCCAACCCUCAAGAGCGAUGGCUCAUCAUCCCGUAGUGGUACGCCUGAUUCUGACUGCUCAAUCUGCCUUGGAAAGGUCAACAAUAAAGCCUUCACCGACGCCUGCUUUCACACUUUCUGUUUCGUCUGUCUACUCGAGUGGUCAAAAAUCAAAGCAACUUGUCCACUGUGCAAGACAACGUUCAAGUCUAUCAUACACAAUGUGGUGUCGAACGAUGUCUACGAUCAAUAUCAUCUGAAACCGACUGACAAUGGUUCGUUUGGGUCGGAUCGACGUGGGAGGCGGUUCAGGUACUCUACAACAAUGACCGAGGAGCACAGGAGUGAGUUGACUUGGCGUCGUAAUCGUGCUCUACGCAGACGCUACCAAAGUUCAUACCAGAUUCACAUACAAGCUGCUUCUGAGGAGCGUCGUCGUCUCAUCUAUAGAGCCAACCUGUGGGCCAGGCACAUGGGAUCUAAUCCCUAUACUCUGUACCGCGAUAUCUCCACUGAUUUCUUCAGCAGGAAUCCUGCCAUAACCCAUCGCUUGGUGCCGUGGCUGAGACGAGAUCUUGGCGUACUGUUCACUGGAGAGGACCAUGUGACCUUCAUGACUCAGUACAUUUUAUCACUGCUUCCAAAUGUACACCUUCAAACUGAGGAGUUCCAUGAACAGUUGCGACCCUUCCUGUACGGCCAAACAGAGCAUUUUAUCCACGAGCUGGUCAGCUUUGCGCGAUCCCCUUAUGAUAUGAACACGUAUGAUCGGAUCGCUCAGUAUGACUUUACAUCCACCCAACAGACAAACCAAACAACGUCACAAUUGCCACAGUUUGGCCCUCAAGGCAGCUCAGAUAUUGAUGUAAUCAGUGUAUCAUCAGAAGAUGAAGUCAUCGAAGUCCCCACCUUGAGUAGCCUCUUAAGGUCAGACAGCACCUCCUCCAAUACCUCACGAGCAGCAAGUGAACAAGUUGAGGCAUUAGACUUAUCAAGUACUCACAACCCUGAGCCGCCUUCCAUCCUACCGGAUCCAGACCAACCUGGCCCAUCGGGAUUCUUUUCCAAUCCACCAGUUGAUGUGAAAACAGAGCCAACUUCUUUCCCAAGUCUAAUCACCGACGAUGACAGUGAAAUUGAAAUCGUCGAAGUCCUCAAACCGUACGAGGAACGCACCCCAGAGUUUGUGAUCGUUGUGUCCUCUAGCACUGAAGAGGAGCAUACUGAUGUAAGACGGACAAAACAGGGCGGUAAACGACACCAGAAGAAGAAACAUAUCCAGGACCCUGAAGGUAGUCCAGACACUCAAGGGUCAUCUAAACAUCGCAGCCAGUCUGUCGAGAACGGCCACAAUGAAGAAACUCACAGACAUUCAAACAAGAGAAAACAUAAAGACCGCAAACAUCAUAGACACAGGGAUUCCGCUGCGUCCUCAAAGAGUCAUAGCUCUCAGUCAAACCAUGCAGUAAAACACCAGGAAAGGUCGUCACAUCUACAUGAAAGAAAAUCAAGGUCAAAAUCCAAGUCCCUCCAUACUUUUAGAGAAGUGGAUGGAGAUAGAAGUAGAGAGCAGAACAACAGCAGGAAAGAUUCCUCUAGUUCGUCACACUCCAGAGGCAGCUCAAAACACAAAUAUGUUAACAGAAAUUCUCAAGAAGCUUCUGGUGUUGGACGAGGAUCGCAUCACGAGGAGACGUUGUCUGCCGACACUAGGGAGUGCUGGGAAUUACUUUGGAGGAACAGGAGCCAGAAGAAUGCCGUUUCAGAGUAUGGAAACUGUUUCGAGCAUCCUUCAAGAAGGGAAGCUGUUAGAGAAGAACAUACACACAGUCAUCAUCAUGACCCAGCAAUCUCCCGAAAACACAAAACCAGCGGCUCUGAAAAUGGUAGAGAGAGAACAAAGAGCAGACGUGCCGACGAUUCUAAACAUUCACUCCUACCUCUUACCAUGGUCAUAAGUCGGAAAAAGAGAACAUUAGCGGACAGGUAUGAAAGAUCCGAUAGCAGCACCGAUGUACUGUCGGUGUCGUCAAGCCAUAGUAGGCACAAACACAAAAAGCACAAGAAACAUAAACGCCAUAAAAGCAAGGAAGAUAGGAAACAACUUCAUUCAGUGACAGAACAACGAUUGUCCACAGACAGGGUCUAUGUGCAGGAAGAUACAGCAAAUGAUGGAGAUGAAAGUUCGACAUCCACGGAGGAAGACUUUGGAUCCAGGCAGCCCUUUUUUAUUUAAGCCCAUAGACCAAGUUCAAACCGAAGUAGAUUAAAAUCUUAAUGUGUUUUACAGUGAACAAUGUGUCAAUCAAGGGGCCAUUCAGAACAGUCUUAAAGGCAGUGGACACUAUUGGUAAUUGUCAAAGACUAGCCUUCACAGUUGGUGU